AAAUCUUAUUAAAACACCUACAGUUCGUUCUCGACUUGCGCAAAAGAUACGGGCUCUAACUAUAUAUCUUGAAUGCACAUAUGCAAAAGUUAUGAAUAAUCUUUUUUCAAUAAUUAUUAAUUGCAUACAAUUUUUUAAAAAACAAAAUGACUUAAUAAAUGGAUACAAUUAUACUGAAUAGCUCAUAAAUAUAAUAUCCACAUCAAUUGUUCCAAUAGCAACAUUAAUGAAAGGCGCCAUAGACGCUUUAGAUUUAUUACAUAAUGUACCAUGGGCUACUUUUAAAAGAAACUACAGUCACUACAUAAUGAGUCCUUUGUUGGGGAGAAUAGAAGAUAUUCUUGACAAAUUAAACCAUCGAACUCUAUUAAGUGACUAUAUAUCUGUAAACUUUUGCCCAUUUGACAUUAUAUAUUCAUUUUUUAAUAAUAUAAAAGAAUACAUAGAAUAUGACACUUAUCAAUUUUGCGAAUUUGUGCCUUAUGAUGAGAAUUAUUUAUGGAAUGAAUGGGUUCAAGAAUUUAAUGUUAUCGACAAUGAAAUAAAAUUUGUAUUUUUACAAUUUUUAUCCAGAAAAAUUAAAAAUUAUGUCGUGGCAGAAAUUCAAGAAAAGUAUUUUGAACUGGGAUUUCUAUUUGAUCCAAUAAUUGAAGAGACAUUUAUACCAACAUCAGAGAAUCUAAUUUAUCCAGAUUUGGAAUUUAAAUAACAGACGAAGAAAGACUAAAAACUAUGAAUUUGGCAUCUGUUGUUAUUUAAUUUCUACUUUCAUUAAUACCUCUCAGACAAUCAUCAAAUUUUGUUAAUUGAAUCUGUUCUAUAUUUUUUUUUUAUAAUUAAUGACAAUUUACAUUAUUAUUUUUAUAUUAUUAAAUUACGUAUUAUAUAAUAAUAUGAGACUAAAGCAAUUUAUUAUAAUACAACAAAUGUUUUAUCAUAAUUGUUUGUCUAAUUAUUUAUAAACAGUGCAGCUUAUGGCUUGGACGACGAGACGAUCGCAACCCCGACUAAAAUUAAUUAAAAUAAGUAAAUUAUUUGCAAAUUCUUAAUUCUACAUUUUUAAGUAUAAAAUAGUUAUAAUACAUGUGUCGUGUGUGAAUAUAAAAGUUGUUUCUCUCAAUAUAUGCGCAUACGGUUCAGGUGCAUUCUUAUGUACGGGAUUUGGACGACGGACAGUGUCGUCUGUAUGGUAAAAUAUUAGUAUAUUGGGCAAUUUAUUUUUAGAAUUAACUACGUGUCGUAUUCGUUUGCUGUAACAGUAUAAUCGCUAUUAUUAUUACUUUCAUUUCUAUUAUCUACU